GCAGCUUUAAAAAAAGGCGACCAUGCUCACUUUCACAUUGCCUGAGACUCAACAACAAAGCAGCAGUAUUCGGGUCCACGCCAACAGACAUAUUUAUUAAGUUUUUUUUUUAAAUAAAGAGUAAGCUUUUCCCGUCUUUAAAGGUUUCUAUUUAUAGCCGCGAAGCUCACCUGACCACUCAGCAGCCAUGAUUGAGGCUAGCAGUGAUGAUUUGUUUCUCCCUGCCUGUUAUGACGAGGAGCUUGUUGACAACCUGCUGUCCAGUGAGGAGGCAGCAGUAGGAGGUCAAGGUCUUUCCCUGGUCAAAGCCCUCCUCCCUGUGCUGGAGCCGCCAUUCGCCCUCAUCCCGUGGAUGUGCUCUACCCGCUACAAGACGGAACUAUGCAGCCGCUACGCCUCUUCCGGGCUCUGUCAGUACGCCCAGCGCUGCCAGUUCGCCCAUGGCAUCCAUGACCUCCGCGUGCCCUCCCGCCACCCCAAGUACAAGACUGAGCUGUGCCGCAGCUUCCACACUACGGGGCACUGCUGCUAUGGAAGCCGCUGCCUUUUCGUCCAUGGCCCUGCAGAGCAGCGCCCGGCCCCGCGACGCCGCAAAAACGUGCCCUGCCGCAACUACCACACCUUCGGCAUUUGCCCCUACGGCACCCGCUGCAGCUUCUUGCACAUUGAGGGCAGCAAAGCCAGCAGGAGUGUGUCGGAGUCGAUAGACGUUGACAGCGGCAUCAAGACUCCGGUGCACCAACCGAACAGGGAGUGGAAGCCCAGAGGUGCCUUGUGCCACACCUUCAGCUCGUUUGGCUUCUGCCUGUACGGCACACGCUGCCACUUCCAGCACGGCCUUCCCAACAAGGUGAGGAACCUCUCCGCCGAGCUGUCCCCCGCAGACAGCAGCGGCCUGUCGUCCCCGUUCGCCUUUUCCAACUCCUCCGCGUCGUCGCCCCCGUCCUCCCCGUUGGCCACCCCACCCGUGGAGGUCACCGCCCAUAACGCCUUUACCUUCUCCAGCCAGCACCUGAGCAACUUGCUGCUGCCGCUGGCUCUUCAUCUGCAGCAGAUGUAGACGAGAAGUGUGGGACAUAUGUGACAGAACGUGAGCAUUUUUGAUUUUUUUUUUUUUUAACUUUGUCUUUUAUCAGUUUAAGUUUUAAGAUUAGAUAUCACUGUUGGGUUAGUCAAGCUAUAGCAAUUCUCCUGCAUCACUGCAGCUGUGAGUUUAACUUAAUUUUUUAUCCUAUUAUAAAGUACAUACUUUAUUAAUUAGGUGAUAUGCUUGACAUGGCAUGAAUAAAAUGAAUAUAACCUA